AGAGGAGGACGAGGAGGAGAGGUAACCAAAGAGCUACUCUGUACUGGAUUAAACAAAGAUGCCUAAAGAUGAGGAAAAGGUUAAUUUGCGUCGCCUUGAGCCUGUGAUCCAGAAGUUCAUCAAAGUCGCCAUUCCCACAGACCUGGAGCGGUUAAGAAAACAUCAGAUAAAUAUUGAGAAGUACCAGAGGUGCAGGCUGUGGGACAAACUGCACGAAGAACACAUCAACGCAGGCCGAACCGUUCAGCAGCUGCGAGCAAAUAUCCGUGAGAUGGAGAACCUUUGUGCCCGCGUCCGAAAGGAAGACAUUCUGACUUUGCAGAGAAUGAUUGAUCCUGUGAAAGAUGAGGCUUCGUUGGCCAUAAAAGAAUUUUUACAGCUGCAUUCGGAGUCUGCCGAAGUGCUGAAAGGGCAGUUUGGGGAGCGGGAGGCAUCACCGCAGGCUCCUGUAACCCGUUCUGCCACUGCAGGGGCAGAAACAUUUUGUAAUGCUGAAGAUGGAGGAAACUCUCCUGGCCAGGUUUUUUCUCCGUUGCCUGAAAUCCCCCAGGAUCAAAAUGCUGCUGAAUCGUGGGAAACACUAGAAGAGGAUUUGAUUGAACUUGGCAAUCUCGUGACGGAGUUCUCCCUGCUGGUUAAUAGUCAGCAGGAGAAGGUGGACCGGAUCGAAGAUCAUGUCUGCACUGCGGUGGCAAAUGUGGAAGAGGGGACCAAACACUUAUCCAAGGCUGCGACCUACAAACUGGCAGCCCUUCCGGUUGCUGGCGCCCUCCUCGGGGGAAUCGUGGGCGGGCCCAUCGGGCUCCUGGCUGGCUUCAAGGUGGCUGGGCUGGCGGCCGCUCUGGGAGGCGGUGUGCUGGGCUUCACGGGUGGAAAACUCAUCCAGCGGAAGAAGCAGAAGAUGAUCGAGGGCUGCUCUUCCCCCAGCUGCCCAGAUCUGCCCAGGCGGAGCAACGGAGGAGGCAGCUGAGGCGCAGCGGCCCCGCCUGGGCUCUUGGCCGCCUCGGCUGGCAAAACGGCUGCCCUCGCUUUGGCCUGGACUCGUGUCUUGGCACGCCGGGACGUUUUCCCGCCCAGGAGGUGAAAAGGACGAGGUUCACCCUGAAAGUCUUUCUUGACUUGAGCCCAAGGAAGCCGAGAGUGGCAGGCUUUGGUGCGGUCAGCCUGCGGUUAAUGCCGGCCGAGAGGGUGUGCGCCAGAGGAAUGUCUCAAUCCGGUUUUCUUCCUCCUUCAGGGGCUAUUGCGGGGUUCACAAAAUGCCUUUUUCCUGGUGAAAUGGAAGGGAUGCCAAGGCAGCACGGCAGGUCUGGGCGCAGCCUCUGUCCUCAAACCCUUUGUCCUCCUCUGGUGCACAAAUCCUGUUUUAUGUUGCUGGUUUAUUUUUGUACUUCUGCCUUCUCUGUGGCUGAAUCGGAUGAACUUACAGUGCGAGAUUUGGGCUCCUUUGGAGACAUAACCUGCUUAGGUGAUGAGGUGCUGAGAGAUCUUGUUUUGGGGGUUAAUUUGUAAAUUUUCUGGGUUGGAGGGUUUGCUUCUACCUCUCUUUUUAAAGUGUCACAUUCAGGAAAGUCACAACAGGCUGUUCGGGUGAAGGUGUCACAGUUCUCUGCCUGUUUUUGGAAGGGUUGCAUAUCAGAUUUAGGGCAGAUGUCUAGAGCAGUGCUUCUCAACCUGGCAACUUUCAGACGGGUGGACUCCAACUCCCAGAAUUCCCCAGCCAGCUGGCUGGGGAAUUCUGGGAGUUGAAGCCCACCCGUCUGCAAGUUGCCGAGCGGGCUGGGGAAUUCUGGGAGCUGAAGUCCACACAUCUGAAAGUUGCUGAGGUUGGGAAACACUGCUCUAGAAUAUUAGAAGAGAGUUAACCGGGUCAAAGGUGAUUCUUUUGGAAGGGUGUGUAUGUGUGUGUGUGAAUUAAACAACUGGGUUGUUGUUUUUUUGUUCAAAAGAGCAACACCUGUAAGACAACUCUAGAAUUCUUCCUGUCUUCUCUUUGCACAAAGUAC